GCCUCACUCAUAGUCAUUGCUUUGACCUAAAUGACCACCCAAAAAGUAGGUAAAAUAAGGCUGCGAAACAUCAUCCAUCUUGAUUAAUAAUUUAUACUUCCACAUAUAUCUUACUCCUUGCUCCUGCAUAUUUCAGCAAAUAAAAUAAUAAGAAAGCCACACACUACUAGGGUUAGGGUUAGCCAACCCCAGGAGCAUUGACCUAUAUAUAGAUAGACCUAUAGAAUUAUACCACCAAAUAUGUAUGUGUGUGCGCGUGUAGCCAUCAUCUAAUUCUUGUGGGUGAAAAUCUGAAAUCGAUAACUGAUUGUUAAGUCUGAAACAUCUGUACGUAUAUAUAGACGCAUAGGUUUUUUCAUUUUGAAGAAGAGAUCAGAGAUCGAUCGAGAAGGAUGAAGAAGAGACAGGUGGCGGUGAAGACUUCGUCGACGGUGAUAAGGAACGUAAGGUACGGGGAGUGCCAGAAGAAUCACGCGGCCAAUAUCGGAGGGUACGCGGUGGAUGGGUGCAGGGAGUUCAUGGCCAGUGCAGGGGAAGGAACCAACGGCGCUCUCACGUGUGCUGCUUGUGGCUGCCACCGCAACUUCCACCGCAGGGAAGUGCAAACUGAGGUUGUCUGUGAGUACUCUCCUCCUCAUCAUCAAAACUGAAAUUGAAUAGAAUUAAUUAACUAAUGAUUGAUUUUUUCUUUCUUUCUUCGUUUCUUGUAAGCCUGGGUUACUAAAACAUAGAUUAAACAUCUCUAUAUAUAUUAUUCUUGUAAAACAAAAUUCUAUAUGAAAAUUGGUGGAUGGGAACCAUCUAUUUAUGCUUCUUUACUCUAACCAAUUGAUAGCCCAGCCAUGAUAUAUAUACCUUAUUAUGUUUGAAUUUAAUUAAUUGCUUUGAUGAGCUGGGGAAGAAGAAAAAGGGCUUAGCUUUCCCCGCAGUUUGGUUUCUUGUAUUGCACUUAAUGAGUGAGUUUUCAAAUUUGGUUCUGAUAGUGAUUUAUACUUUUCCUUUGCCUAUAUAUAAUAUAUAUACCCACAACGUGUGCUAGCUAGCUAGCUGUGCAAUCCAACGUAUAUCAAUAUCCUUAUAUAGAUUGUAUUUAAUUAAUUUAUUUGUUUAUUAAUCAUAGAAAUUUGAUUUUUCCAAUUAUACAAACUAUAAAUUAAGUCGUGCUGAGGAUAUUUAACUUGACCACUUCGUUAGAGCUUCGCUGUAAAUCUAUAUAUGCUUUCUGAUAAUUUCCAUGCUUCAUAUAUCCAUUAACAAAAUAACAACUAACAAGUGGAACAACUAGAGGUGGCAUAGCAAAUAGCAAACAAAAAUUUGAGAAGACUACUAAUCGACUAUUACGCCCACUUCCCACAUCAUCGUUCGUCAAUAACAAUAUGACAUAUAUAUAUAUUAGUUGUGGAGAGCCAAAUGAUGAUGAUGACGAUGUAAACAACGUCGUAAUUUUAUCCUUCCCAUGUCCUCAGAAGGCAAGAAAACAGGUACGGUUAAUGUCUAUAAGUCUUCAAUUGAUGAAGAAGAUAAAUUAUAUAUCUCUGUCCAAUCAUUUAGAAUUUCGAAUAUUAUAUCUAUAUAUAAAAUUCUCCA